AUGCCAGAGGCACUCCUGCUCAGGUCUGCCAGCUCCAUCCUGAGGACCGUGUUUUUAAACAGACUACUGUCAGGUGGGCCUGAGUGUGUUCGCAAACUCAGUUUGAACCUGCGGUACCAGCAAGAAGUAAGACCGAAUGUGAAAAGCAGCUCCCUGACUGAUGGGCAGACGCUCUCCAAAGAGCCCCUAAGCCAUGCUCUCAAACUCUCGACCCCAGAGAAGGUGAAAGAUGCCCAGCUGAAUCCUCCAGAGGAGGCGCUAUGGACGACUCGGGCCGACGGGCGCGUCCGCCUACGCAUAGACCCCAUCUGCUCGCAGACGCCCCGCACUAUUCAUCAGAUGUUCUCCGCGACUCUGGACAAGUAUGGGGACCUCAGUGCUAUGGGCUUCAAGCGGCAGGGCACGUGGGAACACAUCUCCUACACCCAGUACUAUCUGCUGGCCCGCAAAGCCGCCAAGGGCUUCCUGAAGCUCGGCCUGGAGCGGGCCCACAGUGUGGCCAUCCUCGCCUUCAACUCCCCGGAGUGGUUCUUCUCAGCAGUGGGCGCAGUCUUCGCAGGUGGCAUCAUCACCGGCAUCUACACGACCAGCUCCCCUGAGGCCUGCCAGUAUAUCGCCUAUGACUGCCGCGCCAACAUCAUCGUGGUCGACACACAGAAGCAGCUGGAAAAGAUCCUGAAGAUCUGGAAACACCUACCACAUCUGAAGGCAGUAGUGAUAUAUAGAGAAGCUCCUCCGACGCGGAUGCCCAACGUGUACACAAUGGAGGAGGUCAUGGAGCUCGGGAACGAGGUGACUGAGGAGGCCCUGGACAUCAUCAUCAACGCCCAGAAGCCUAACCAGUGCUGUGCACUGGUCUACACGUCGGGCACUACUGGGAACCCCAAGGGUGUGAUGCUGAGUCAGGACAAUAUCACAUGGACGGCACGGUACGGCAGCCAGGCUGGUGACAUCCAACCUUCGGAAAUCCAGCAGGAGGUGGUGGUCAGCUACCUGCCGCUCAGCCACAUCGCCGCCCAGAUCUAUGACCUGUGGACAGGCAUCCAGUGGGGGGCCCAGGUCUGCUUUGCCGAGCCUGAUGCUCUGAAGGGGAGUCUGGUGAACACGCUGCGGGAGGUGGAGCCCACGUCCCACUUGGGAGUGCCUCGGGUGUGGGAGAAGAUCAUGGAGCGGAUCCAGGAGGUGGUGGCUCAGUCUGGCUUCAUCCGGCGCAAGAUGCUGCUCUGGGCCAUGUCGGUGACCUUGGAGCAGAACCUCACCUGCCCGAGCAGUGAUCUGAAGCCCUUCACAACCCGACUGGCAGAUUACCUGGUGCUAGCCAAGGUCCGCCAGGCACUAGGCUUUGCCAAGUGUCAGAAGAACUUCUACGGGGCAGCCCCCAUGACUGCGGAGACACAGCACUUCUUCCUGGGCCUCAACAUCCGCUUAUAUGCAGGCUACGGCCUCAGCGAGACCUCAGGCCCCCACUUUAUGUCCAGCCCCUACAACUACCGACUCUACAGUUCCGGCAAGGUGGUGCCAGGCUGCCGGGUGAAGCUGGUGAAUGAGGAUGCAGAGGGCAUCGGGGAGAUCUGCCUGUGGGGCCGCACCAUCUUCAUGGGCUACCUGAACAUGGAGGACAAGACGUGUGAGGCCAUCGACACUGAGGGUUGGCUGCACACGGGAGACAUGGGCCGCCUGGAUGCUGACGGCUUCCUCUAUAUCACCGGGCGUCUCAAAGAGUUAAUCAUCACGGCUGGCGGGGAAAACGUGCCCCCUGUGCCCAUUGAGGAGGCCGUGAAGACGGAGCUGCCGGUCAUCAGCAAUGCCAUGCUGAUUGGAGACCAGAGGAAGUUCCUGUCCAUGCUGCUCACCUUGAAGUGCACUCUGGACCCUGACACCUUUGAGCCCACGGAUAAUCUGACGGAACAAGCUAUGGAGUUCUGCCAGAGGGUGGGCAGCAAAGCCACCACGGUAUCUGAGGUUGUGGGGAAGAAGGAUGAGGCCGUGUAUCAGGCCAUCGGAGAAGGGAUCCAGAGAGUCAACAUGAAUGCAGCUGCGCGACCCUACCACAUCCAGAAGUGGGCCAUUCUUGAGAGGGACUUCUCCAUUUCAGGUGGAGAGUUGGGUCCCACAAUGAAACUGAAACGGCUCGCAGUCCUGGAGAAGUACAAAGAUGUCAUUGAAUCCUUUUACCAAGAGCAGAAAAAAUUCAGAUAUGGAAGAAGUUUCCUCAGUGAAGCUUUCUGCAAUAUCAACUGCAUUGCACACCGACUGACUAAGGACCAAGCACUGUAUCAGGUCCCUGACAUUAGCUAA